GAGGACGUGGAGAGGGAGAGAAACAGAUAAGAGUGAGAGAGAGAGAAAGACUCUAGAGGCACACUCUUCUUGAGCCAGGACACCAUCACCAUUCAGAAUGGCACUCACUCUGUUAGCCACGAUGCUCAAUGCCAUCCUACUGGUUCAGUCCUACCCAACCACCUUCAUGGACCUUGACCAAGGCGACAGCAAAAACCGGACAUCUAUUAAGUUCUUGGCGUUGGGCGACUGGGGUGGAGUGCCCCUACCUCCGUAUAUCACUCCCGUGGAAAAGGCCACGGCCCUGGAGAUGGGGAGAGUGGCAGAGCAGAUGGGAGCUGACUUCGUUCUAGCCCUUGGCGACAAUUUCUACUACAAAGGAGUCGACAGCGUGGACUCUCCGAGGUUCCAGGACACCUUCGAGGCGGUGUAUACGGCAAACUCUCUCAACAUCCCCUGGUAUAUCCUCGCUGGCAAUCACGACCAUGCAGGGAAUGUGCGUGCACAGAUCGAGUACAGCCACAAGUCAGACAGAUGGCGCUUCCCUUACUACUAUUACGAGCUGAACUUCCGUAUCCCCAACACCAAGAAGACCCUGAGCAUCAUCAUGCUGGAUACCGUGAUGCUCUGCGGCAACUCCGACGACUACGAGGAUCAGAAGCCUCGCGGCCCGCUCCUCGCCUCCGACGCCAACCGCCAGCUCGUCUGGCUGCAGGAGAGGAUGGCCAAGUCCAAAGCCGACUUCCUGUUGGUGGCAGGACACUACCCGGUGUGGUCCGUGUCGGAGCACGGCCCGACAGACUGCCUGCUCAAGAGGCUUCGCCCCCUUCUGGUCAAGUACAAGGCCACCGCCUACUUCUGUGGCCAUGACCAUAAUCUUCAGUUCAUCAAGGAGGGUGGCGUGGGAUACGUGGUGAGCGGCGCCGGCAACUUCCUGGAUCCGGACGUUCGCCACUGGCACCACGUCCCCCGUGACGCUAUUAAGUUCUUCACUGGCAAGGCGUCCACGCUGGGAGGCUUCGUCCACGCUGAGGUCACAAAGGACAAGAUGAUCUUGACCUUCAUCGAGGCCAGAGGCACCUCACUUUACCGUACUGUCCUGCCCCACAGGGACCAGUCCUAGUGGAGGGGGUGACUGGGUGGGAGCCAGUGAAUGUGUUUUAGUUUUUUCUUUUUAUCAUUAUUUGGUGUACAGGAUUUUUUGGAUGAAUGAGUCGAGUUGGGUUUCUAGCAUUUUGAGUUGAUUUGUAAACUCUGGAAUAACCACUUUUCGAGCCAUUUUUAACUAAAUAGAAAUGUGAGAAUUUUAAAUGGGGGUAGGAGGGGGAGGGAUGUAAUGUUGUGAAAAAGCCAACUUUUUAUUGUGACCAAUUUUUUAAUAAAACUCCACUUUUGAUCUAA